CUCUUUCGUGCUGCUCGUUCCCUGAUCUCCGACAGACAAUAUUUCUGGACCCUGGCCACUCUUGUGAUCGUCUGCGAUGCUGUCCUCACCCAGCUCAUCAUCAAGUUCAUCCCAUACACAGAAAUCGACUGGGAAACCUACAUGAUUCACAUAGAUCUUUACCUGAAGGGUGAACGGGACUACUCCAAAAUCACAGGCCCUACCGGACCAUUGGUUUACCCCGCCGGACACGUUUAUAUCCACAACAUCCUUCACUACCUAACUGACUCUGGAAACGAUGUUGCUGCCGCUCAGCAGAUAUAUGCCGGCCUUUACGUGCUGUCGCUAUUGUUGACGUGCGCUGUCUACCGGAAUGCGGGCAUGCCCAACUGGACGCUUAUGCUCUUGCCUCUGAGCAAGAGAUUGCAUUCUAUCUUCGUGUUACGGCUAUUCAACGACUGCUGGAGCGUUGUCUUUGUACAAGCGGCUAUCCUCGCAUCCCAAACUGGAGUAGACGGCACAGCGAUAUUGUUAUAUAGUCUAGCACUUUCUGUGAAAAUGUCAGCCUUGCUAUACCUCCCCGGGCUGCUUGUCGUCCUCUUCAAGCGACACGGGAUGAUAGGCAUGGCACGUUACAUGGCAGUUUUAACCGGUUCUCAGAUUCUCCUUGCAAGACCAUUCUUGGGCGAAAAUACCUCUUCGUACAUACAAAACGCUUUCAAUUUUUCCCGUGUUUUUCUACAAAAAUGGACUGUCAAUUGGCGCUUUCUGCAUGAGGAGGUUUUUCUGAGUUCAUCGUGGGCUAUGGCUCUGGUCCUGGGCCAUGUUACCCUGCUCACAGCAUUUGGCCUCUGCAGAUGGUGCAGGAGUGACGGAGGUACAUUGGCUGUUGUUCAAAGGGGUUUCCUUCGCCCAUUUCAACCACCGGCACUAUCACCCGUGUCACCUGAUUAUAUUGCAACAGUCCUUAUGACCUCAAACUUAAUCGGUAUCCUCUUUGCUAGGUCUCUGCACUAUCAGUUCUAUUCAUGGUAUUGCCAACAACUUCCAUUCUUGUGUCAGAGGACAAAAUAUCCACUCCUUCCGCAACUCCUCAUCUUGGCCGGAAUAGAAUACGCAUGGAACGUAUUUCCCUCGACGACACUAUCUUCAGGAAUACUACUUGCAGCACAUGUCUUACUGCUUCUGGGAAUUUGGUUCGGUUUCCCGGAGGGAAGGACAGUGGUGUCUCGACACCGGCAAUUUAAAGAGAAAAUUACAGAAUAG